AGGGAUAAACCUACCUCUUUCGUCAUCUUCUUCUUCACGCCGUCUCCUCCUCCGUUUCAGCAGCUUGUUGCCGCCGCCGUCGUCUCUCUUCUGUUGCUGCCACCGCCGCCACUCUCCUGUCGCUGCCGCUCGGUUCUGCACUGAUUUUCUACUCUUGUUGUUGCUGAGGGCAUGGAGAUCGACAAAGCAAUCAGAAAUUGUAACGAUCGAAGGCUUAAGACCAAGUACAAUAAUGCAAUCUAUGUUGUCAAGAGAGCUUUGGCUUUGUAUUCCAGGACUGAAGAGGUCGCCUUCAGUUUCAAUGGUGGAAAAGAUUCGACUGUUUUACUGCACAUUCUUCGAGCUGCCUUUUUCCUGCACAAGGAGGAAGAAGGAUGUUCUGUUGAUGGACUCGAGAAAUUUCCUAUUCGAAUAAUAUAUUUUGAAAGUCCUUCUGCUUUCCCUGAAAUUAACUCAUUUACUUAUGAUAUGGCAACUAAUUAUGGCUUGGUAAUGGAUAUCAUCCAGACAGAUUUCAAAUCUGGCUUGGAGGCUCUAUUAAAAAAUAGACCGAUCAGAGCUAUUUUCCUGGGUGUUCGCAUUGGGGAUCCUACUGCGGUUGGCCAAGAACAGUUUUCCCCUAGUUCACCUGGAUGGCCACCAUUUAUGAGAGUGAAUCCUAUUUUGGAUUGGUCGUAUAGAGAUGUAUGGGCAUUCAUAUUAACUUGCAAGGUCCAGUACUGCAGUCUUUAUGAUCAAGGAUAUACUUCAAUUGGGAGUAUACAUGAUACACUUCCAAAUGCGUUGUUGUGCAUUAGUAAUUCCUCUGGAAGCAAGGAAAAAUUUAGACCCGCAUACUUGCUUUCAGAUGGAAGAUCUGAACGAGCUGGGCGUGCAAAAAGGUUUUCACCUUCCGUGCCAAAUCCUAAAAGUAAUGGUGCGAGCAAUAUGGAUUUACAGAAACAAAGCAUGCUCACUGCUUCGGUCAUAGGUGUUGGAGAUGAAAUCCUCUUCGGCACUGUUAAGGAUCAAUUGGGACUCUCACUGCGUAGAAAGGUGCAUUCUAUUGGUUGGUCUAUAUCACAUACUUCUAUAGUUCGGAAUGAUAUAGAUUCCGUUGCUGAAGAAGUGGAGUUACGAAGGUCAUCCAAUGAGAUGGUGUUCAUAUAUGGAGGAGUAGGUCCAUUGUUUUCGGAUGCAACUUUAGGAGGUAUUGCGAAGGCAUUUGGCGUUCGACUGGCUCCUGAUGAAGAGUUUGAAGAAUACCUCAGACAUCUUAUAGGGGAGCAUUGUACUGGUGAUCGAAAUGAGAUGGCUCAAUUGCCUGAAGGGAUCACCGAAUUAUUGCAUCACGAAAAGUUGUCGGUCCUGUUGAUCAAGUGUCACAACGUCAUAGUUCUUACUGCAACAAACAUAAUGGAACUGGAUUUGCAGUGGGAUUGUUUGAUUGAAUUGACGAGAACUGGUGACCUCUUCCCCUUACUGGAACCAUAUAAAUCCAAGCACUUGACCACAAAACUUUCAGAUGUAGAAAUUGCUCCAUCUCUGGCUAAACUAUGUCUUGAAUUCCCAGAUUUACACAUUGGAUGUUAUCGAGAAUCGAGAUCUGGGCCAAUUAUUAUAAGUUUCCGAGGGAAGAAUGAAGAAAGAAACCAGUUAGCUACAGAAGCCUUGAGCAAGAAGUUCCAACCCGGGGCAUUCUCUGAAAUCAACUUACAGUCUCCAGAAACCUGAAGGCUAAAAUUUUGAAAGCUGCAAUCAAGCAAAUAGCAGCAGGCAUUACCAAUAUCGCACAGGAAACCAGAAGCAAACAAAGGUUUAAUGUGUAAGCGGAAUGAAGUUGACUAGGAUUUCGAAAACUGGAAGGAGAGAAGAUCAACGAAGAGCUCGGGAUCGUGACCGUGCAAAGUCAUGGAAGACGAAGGAACUAUCCAAUUUACAGCCAUUGACUUAUAUGAUAAAAAUGGCAACUCAUUAUUAUUUUCUGGGCAGGAGGGAAUGUAAAACAGCCCAAUAUUGGAGUUUGAAUGAUGUUACUAUCAUCCUAUGAUUUGUUCCAACAUACAAAAUAAUUUUUUAUGGGUUAAAAAUUUGAACUUUUGA